AUGCUUAGUUUCUUUAAGUGUAAAAAGGUGAAACAACCAGUCACUAUUAAGCCAAUAAAAUCAUCCUAUUCUGAUUCUGGUGGCAGAAUUGAACUCUCAGCUCCCACAGGAGACUCUACCCCGAUUGCAAUCGGUAGAGGACAAAGAGUGAGUUUCGCCAAUACUGAACCAUCAAGAAGUUCAUUUAAGAAAAAUAGCGUUGAUUGUAAGGGGGAAAAGAAGCCCAGUGUAACUUGGGAUGACGAAGGUUAUGAUCAUUCGAUAGACCUGAGCAAUCAGGGUAGCUCCAAAGCAGUUAAUAGGAGAGUUUCUUCAGGUGUGUCUAAGGAAAUAAUCAAUGAAGAUGAUAGAAUAUAUAUUACAAACGGUGUAGGUGGAAGGGCAAUUGGUAACGAAUGUAACAAAAAUAGUAGUUCGACAAAAGGUACCAAAUCUUCCACCAAAAGUUCAAACAGUAAUAAUGAUAAAGUCACCAAAGGUGAUAAUACGGUAAUAAUCUAUGGUAAUGAUAAGGUUAACAAAUUGCCAAAAGGUAAAGUUGAACCAAUGAGAAUCAAUUCACAGCUGAAUAAUAUUAAGGAAUUAUACAAUGAAAAUAUUGCAAAUGAAGAGCAGGAAGGUUCCACAAGUAAUUGGUUAAGUAGAAAGUUCUCAUCAAAAAGGUUGGAUAAAGGAGUUAAAGAUUGUACCCUAAUCGUCAACAGCGACAAUUAUGGGAGAGAUAAGUAUUUUAAUAGAGAUAAGAAAGGCAAUCCCAGCAUUUUUAAGAAGAUGGAAAGCCAUGAAGAAUACAUUGAAGAAAGGAAGAAAAGUAGUAAGACAGGGUCAAAAAAAAUCAGUUUCUUCAACAGUUCACUAAUUGACAACUGUUUCCCCAUGUAUAACCACGUUAGGAACACCAAAGAUGAUGAUGAUUAUUGUGAUGUGAAUUUGAGUAGCAAUUAUAUGAAUGCAAAGAAUAAGAUAUUGCACAGGGAGCAUAGCGCUGGAACUGGUUUUUUUAACAACAGAUUAUCUUCACUAGGCUGCGAUAAAGGUUAUGUAGAUGGUAGAGGCCCUGGAUGUGCUUCUAUGUCUACAAACCCCGUAUCAAAUCCUACAAUUAUUCGUAAACGCCGCAAUGCAACAAGUUUCCAACGCACAGUGUCCAAAGGUGAUAAAUUUUGCGUUAAUAGUGACAUGAUAGAUGGCAGUGAUGAGAGUUCAAUUAUUUACCGUCUAUCCAAAGGUAUUUCUGGCCUUCAAACCUCAACCUACGUCCUGCCAGAACGACCAUUUUUGAAGCGGAAUUCUCUGGAUUAUACUAGAGAUUCUAAGUUAUAUUAUAUAAAGGUGAAGGCAGCCCAUGAGAAAAGAGAGAAGGAGAGGCAGAUGAAGGAAAGGGAAGGUACCGGGUAUUAUAAUGGGAAUGGUGAAUUUGUAGACAUAGUACCUCCUCCAUAUUUGACAAAGGAUAGCAGUUGCGAAGAUGUCGUUGAAAGUUUAGGGUUUUGGGAAAAAUGUUGUCCAAGAUAA